CGCGAAAAUGUAUCAGUCUGCGACCAGCUGUCGGCGAGUGCGUGCAGAUCUGACUCCUCCUCCGCGGAUUGUGUUCUUAAUUCAGCCAUACAGCAGGGACGAGUCUGACAGCUUACAACAACAUCAUGGGUUUGAGUCUCCACAAGGCAGCAGCGUCUGGGGACGUGAGAGAACUCCAGGGCUUGCUGGAUUCAGGGGUUGAUGUUAACCACGAAGACCAGCAGAGGCAGACAGCACUCCACAAGGCUGCGGAGAGAGGCCACGAGGAGGCCGUCGUGCUGUUACUGAGAGCUGGCGCAGAUCCCAGUCUCUGCAACAACUGGGGGAGGACGCCACUGCACCUGGCGGCCAGGGAGGGCCACGAGCGUGCUCUCAGGUUCCUGAUCAGGGCCGGGGCAGCCAUCAAUGCGGUCGACUCGUGGCAGCGCUCUCCUCUCCACCUGGCAGCCAUAAACGGCCAUGAAAAGUGUGUCAGGCGCCUGCUGAAGGCAGGGGCCGACGCCGAGGUCGCUGACAACUGGGGGAGGACGGCUCUGCACAUGGCGGCGAAGGACGGGCGCGAACCCACCGUGUGGUGGCUCCUGCACUGCGGGGCAGACUCCGGUGCUGCAGACAGCUGGGGAAGGACAGCGUUGCACCUGGCAGCCAAGCAAGGCCACGAGCAGACGGUGAGGUGCCUCCUCCACAUGCGUGCCAACCAUAGCCCUCGCGACAGCUGGCAGCGGACUCCACUCCACCUGGCAGCCAAGAAUGGCCACGUGGAGUGUGGGAAAUGCCUGCUGUCGGCGAGGGCCGACCUCGGCGCCGUCGACAACUGGCAGCGAACGCCUCUCCACCUGGCAGCGAAGAAAGGCUCUGGGCAGAGCAUCCCCUGGCUGGUCCGAUCCGGGGCCAAUGUUAAUGCGAGGGAUGGUUGGCAGAGGACGCCUCUGCAUCUGGCAGUAAUAAAUGGCAAAGAUAUGGCUGUCUUGAACCUCCUGUGCAUGGGAGCUGAUGCUACAUUGUGGGAUAGGUGGCAGAGUACACCUUUGGACUUGGCAACUGCCAAUCGUGAUGAAGUCCUCAUUAGGAUGUUGAUGUAUGCACAAGGAAACGCUGGAAUCUGCGCUAUGGAUCACAAUUAACAUGCUUUUAACAGGGAUAACAUAAUGACUGUGAGACCACAGAGACGAUCUAUGCAGUUUUCCAUAGUCUAAGAACAUCCAGUGUAAGUCUCCCUGUCAGUGCAGAGAUGAAUUGAUUCUCCAGUGCUGACAGGGCAAGGUCAUACGAUUUUCAAUAGCGCAUCUCACACUGUUGCACCAUGGUUUUGAAAAACAAGCUUCAGCUGAAAAAUAAAAUGUAUGCACAGCUAGACAUUAUUAUCACUUUUCAGAAGAAUGUUCCUUGGCUAUCGAAAAGAUCUACACACAAAACCCUUCAUUGCAAUGAACACAUUUAUAAACGUCCAUCCACAAAAAUUCGUCGCUCUUAUAUCAAUGUACUUAAGGUAAAAAAGAA